UUUCCGAUCAGAUUCUGUCAAAACAUCCUUUUGUUCUUGUGUUUUGCUCACGAUUUUGUUGUGGAAAUCGAAUUUUAUCGAUUUUUAGUGCAAAAUGUACCAAAGCAAUAGUGAUUCUGUGUGCUCUUGAGAAAAACCAUCACAGUCUAGUGAGUAAUGUUGCAAAAAAUAGUGGAAAAGCCCAUUGACGUAGCAAUUAGUGGCAGUGGCAGCAGUACCAGCACCAGCAUCAGCAAAAUGGAAGAGCUUUCCGGGGUGAUGAUAGUGCUCAUCAUCGGGGGCGGAGUCCUUGCGGUGACGAUUUGUUUUAUCAUUGCCAAACGGCAGAUCGUCCGGUUUACGCUCCGACAGAGACGGGGUCCUCAUGUCGCCGUGGGGCACGAUGCCAAGAAGUCGAUCAAAAAGGAAAUUGAGAGGCGAAUUGAUUGCAUCCAAAAGAUCUAUUUUGAACCGAAGCUUUUAUGGGACGAUAAAAAAGACGGUAAGAAGUACAUUUUGCAGCCAGAUUCUAAUUUACCGCCGUACUACUACCGUAUGAAGGCAAUGGACGAUGUUAAGGAACUGGAAAAAGAGAUUGCCAAGCAAGACGGAUCCACUCGUCAUCCUCGAGACAGUUUAAGAGCAUUCCUUUUGACAACUUUAGCUGCACCGCUGAACGGCUCAGGCCAAAGAUUGAUACAUCAAUUCUGCGAUAUGUAUGAGCACGCACGACAUGACCCGAAUGAGUUUGGUGAAGAAGAAUACCAAUCAUACCAAAGACUUCUCAAAAAGCUUACUGAUGCGACCAAAAUGCUCAAAUCGUUCAGCAAUAGUCGCAAAUCUUCUCCCAAUCGAACACCGGUGAAGAAGCAAAGCAAAAUGCAAUCGCUAUUGGAUCCCUCCCGGUUGAGACCACCACCGAUGAGUGGUGCCGGGGUUGGUACCGGUGGAGGAGUAGGUGGUGCCGGAGGAGAUGGCGGUGGCAACCACAAUGCUCGGCUGAACUUAUCCUUGGGUGUCCAGUUGCAGCAUCAGCAGGAACAGCAGCAGCAGCUACAGCAACAGGAAAUAGACGAAAACGAAAUACUCAGCAUCUCACAGUACCACGGAGAAACAGAUGAAAUCAACGCCGGCAAGAAAAAACACGCCGAACUGGAGCGAAGAAUGAAGGAACUAUCUGAACAUCUCAUCACCAAAAAUAGUCAACUGGAUACUCUCAAAAAGCGUUGCGAAGAAACCAAACUACAACUGGCAGAGAUGGCGGCCAACGAUAAACGUAUCGCGGCCAUCCACGAGCUUGAGAAAGUUCGCUGUUCCAAGAUUCAACGUGCAGUACAAGAGCACAAGGACAUGAUUUCUCAGGCGAUUAAACGAAAGAUAGAACGUCCAAACCACGUGAGCCCCAAGCCGGCCAAUUCCCCGGUUCUGCUGCUAGCGGCUAGCUGCACGCGGGAGCUCCAACUCGGAGAAAAAGAACGCCAACGGGACGAUCUGAAACGUUUACUGGAGAAACGUGAACGGGAAAUCGUCAUCAAGAAGAAUCACAAUGCGGCCCGGAUAGUGCGGCUGCGGAAGCUUCUGCAGACCAACGAAGGCAAACGUGCUCUGUGCAAGGAACAGCUGGCAGCCCUGAAAGCCAAAACUCAGCGCCGGUACUAGUUCUGACGUUUGAACAGCUGCCACGCGAAGAAGUAGACAAAUUCGGUGAACGUGAGCAAGCUACAGCCCAGGAAGAAUCCUCCG